AUGGAGACCAAAAAAAUAACCGAUCGCCAGAUCACAGCGUCAACCGAGUACAACGCUGGAACCGGCGCCACCAAUGGCAGACUCAAUUUCAAGCCUGGAGGAGGUAAGACUGGCGCAUGGUCCGCUCGUCAAAAUGACGUCCAUCAGUGGCUACAAGUCGAUCUUGAAGGCAAAACCGAAGUGACAGGAAUAAAAAUCCAGGGAAGACAAGAAGACGAUCAAUGGGUUACGAACUUUACUAUUUCCUACAGCAGCGACGGCACCACCUAUACAUCUUAUCAGAACAGCAAGGUAUGGAAACCAAUGAAAAUCGUAGCAAGAGAAACUCAGGCAAUUAUAUAAUCGAAUUUCGACACGGUAACAUGAAAAUGUCUCAAAACCUCAGAGCCAUAUUAGCCUCCACAAGUCCCUUAUUAGUGUAACCUUAACACUUUAUUUUCCCGCUACAGGUCUUUAAUGGAAACACGGACCGCAACACCGUGGUUUUGAACGUUUUGCACCCUUCCAUAAAUGCACGCUACAUACGGGUGCACCCUAAGACGUGGCAUGGCCAUAUUUCUAUGAGGAUGGAACUCUUGGGAUGUCCAUCAGGUACCGACAAUAUUGUUUGUUUUCGUGAAAAUCAACAAAAAGCAGGGGCAUCCAACGACUGUUUUGAGUAAAAUAUCUGUUCGGAGAGCCAAAUAUUGCCUACAAUCUUCUAUUACUUGAGGAAGGCUAAAAAUUUCGAGAUGAUCGUUCCAUUCAUGUACAAUUUACGAAGCAUAUCACAUAAAUUCCCUACGAUUGUCUGAAGUUCAAUUUUUCAAAUUGCACUCCCCUUUAAAUGCGAUGGAGAGAGGAAUCAGAAAAAUUCUAACAUUCGUAAUAUGCUAAAAUGCAUGUAAAGUGUUCGGAAAAAUAAUACUGAAUCCCUUGUAGUUUCGAAACCACUCAAGUUCCCCUAGGAUGACCGAACAGAUACAAAUUCUAUAGCGCCGCUUAGAAUGCAUCUCUAGAGAUCUAAAAGUACUCUGGAAAGCCUAAAAUGUGUUUCAGUUUAUUUAGGAGGAAACUGUCGAGGGUGCCCCUGAAAAAGGUUCCCUCCGACUUAAAAUAAGCUGAUUUAAAUAAAAAUAAGCUGUUUUAGAAUCACGUAAUCAAUUUAAUAGCACGCACUAAUCGUGCAAUAUUCUUUGUAAAGCAUGUUUCGACCCGCUCGGGAUGGAGACCAAAAAAAUAACCGAUCGCCAGAUCACAGCGUCAACCGAGUACAACGCUGGAGCCGGCGCCACCAAUGGCAGACUCAAUUUCAAGCAUGGAGGAGGUAAGACUGGCGCAUGGUCCGCUCGUCAAAAUGACGUCCAUCAGUGGCUACAAGUCGAUUUUGAAGGCAAAACCGAAGUGACAGGAAUAGAAAUCCAGGGAAGACAAGAAGACGAUCAAUGGGUUACGAACUUUACUAUUUCCUACAGCAGCGACGGCACCACCUAUACAUCUUAUCAGAACAGCAAGGUAUGGAAACCAAUGAAAAUCGUAGCAAGAGAAACUCAAGCAAUUAAAUAA